AAGAUAGCAAAGAAAAAGGCAAUGAAAAAAAAGAUGACAAGAAAGAAGAAAGCAGUAAAGAAGAAGAUAGUGAAGAAAAAAUCGGUAAAGAUGAUGAUGAUUUUAAAGAAGAUGGUAUAGAAAGAUAA